GCGGCCGGCCGCCGGGCGGGGAGCAUGGCCAGCGCCGCCGAGCCCCCUGGCAGGGCGGCCGAGUACCUGCAGGAGCUGACCCGGAUCGUCGCGGCGCAGCAGGAGCUGCUGGCGCGCCGGCGGCGGCGCAUCGAGGAGCUGGAGCGCCAAGUGGCGCGGCUGAGCCGCGAGAACGCCGGCCUGCUGGAGCGGCACCGGCGACACCUGGCCGCGUGCACCCGCCCCCCCGACCCCAGGCCCGGCCCCGGCCCGCAGCCGCUCGGCGCCAUCCCGGAGCUCGGCGUCCGCCGCGACAACGUCGAGGGUGAGGCCUCCAGCAGCGAGACCGGCACGUCGCUGGACAGCCCGUCGGCCUACCACCAGGGCCCCUUAGCGCCCGGCUCCAGCCUGAGCCCAGACCACUACGAGCACACAUCGGUGGGAGCUUAUGGGCUGUACUCGGGGCCGCCGGGGCAGCAGCAGCGCACGCGGAGGCCCAAGCUGCAGCACUCAACCUCCAUCCUGCGCAAGCAGGCCGAGGAGGAGGCCAUCAAACGCUCACGGUCGCUCUCCGAGAGCUAUGAGCUCUCCUCAGACCUGCAGGACAAGCAGGUGGAGAUGCUAGAACGGAAGUAUGGGGGACGCCUUGUGACCCGCCAUGCGGCCCGCACCAUCCAGACGGCCUUCCGCCAGUACCAGAUGAACAAGAACUUCGAGCGCCUGCGCAGCUCCAUGUCGGAGAACCGCAUGUCGCGCCGGAUCGUGCUGUCCAACAUGAGGAUGCAGUUCUCCUUUGAGGGGCCCGAGAAGGUGCACAGCUCCUACUUCGAGGGCAAGCAGGUCUCGGUGACAGAUGAUGGCUCUCAAUUGGGGACCCUGGUGCCAUCUGAGUGUGGUGAUCCUGGCGAGCCGCCCACCCUCAAGUCUCCAGCCCCAUCCAGCGACUUUGCGGAUGCCAUCACGGAGCUGGAGGACGCUUUCUCCCGGCAGGUGAAAUCACUGGCUGAGUCCAUCGACGACGCCCUCAACUGCCGCAGCCUGCAUGCCGAGGAGGCACCGGCCCCCGACACGGGGCGGGCCCGGGACACUGAGCCCAAGGCUGCCCUGCAUGGCGUGGAUCACCACAAGCUGGAUGAGAUGACAGCCUCGUACAGCGACGUCACCCUGUACAUCGACGAGGAGGAGCUGUCGCCGCCUCUGCCCCUCUCCCAGGCAGGGCACCAGCUAUCCAGUGCCGAGUCGGACCUGCAGCUACGCGCUGGGGGUGCCGCCCAGGACUACUGGGCCCUGGCCCACAAGGAUGACAAGGGGGACACAGACACGAGCUGCCGGAGCACACCGUCACUCGAGCAGCACGAGCAGCGGCUGCAGGUGGAACACCUCCCGCUGCUCACUAUCGAGCCGCCCAGCGACAGCUCUGUGGACCUCAGUGACCGCUCGGACCGUGGCUCGCUCAAGAGGCAGAGUGCCUACGAGCGCAGUCUCGGGCAGCAGGGCAGCCCCAAGCACGGCUCCCACAGUGGGCCCCCCAAGGGCAUCCCCCGGGAGGAGCCGGAAUUGCGGCCCCGGCCCCCCAGGCCCCUUGACAGCCACCUGGCCAUCAAUGGCUCAGCCAACAGGCAGAGCAAGUCCGAGUCGGACUACUCAGAUGGGGACAAUGACAGCAUCAACAGCACGUCCAACUCCAACGACACCAUCAACUGCAGCUCGGAGUCGUCGUCCCGGGACAGCCUGCGGGAGCAGACGCUCAGCAAGCAGACCUACCACAAGGAGACCCGCAACAGCUGGGACUCUCCUGCCUUCAGCAACGACGUCAUUCGCAAGAGGCACUAUCGCAUCGGCCUCAACCUCUUCAACAAGAAGCCUGAGAAGGGCAUCCAGUACCUCAUUGAGCGUGGCUUCGUACCCGACACGCCUGUGGGGGUGGCCCACUUCCUGCUGCAGCGCAAGGGCCUCAGCCGGCAGAUGAUCGGCGAGUUCCUGGGCAACCGACAGAAGCAGUUCAACCGUGACGUGCUGGACUGCGUGGUGGACGAGAUGGACUUCUCUGCUAUGGAGCUGGAUGAAGCCCUCAGGAAGUUCCAGGCGCACAUCCGGGUCCAGGGGGAGGCUCAGAAGGUGGAGCGGCUCAUCGAGGCGUUCAGUCAGCGGUACUGCAUCUGCAACCCUGGGGUGGUGCGGCAGUUCCGGAACCCAGACACCAUCUUCAUCCUGGCCUUCGCCAUCAUCCUGCUCAACACGGACAUGUACAGCCCUAACGUCAAGCCAGAGCGCAAGAUGAAGCUGGAGGACUUCGUCAAGAACCUCCGAGGUGUGGACGACGGCGAGGACAUUCCCCGGGAGAUGCUGAUUGGGAUCUAUGAGCGGAUCCGAAAGCGGGAGCUGAAGACCAAUGAGGACCACGUGUCCCAGGUGCAGAAGGUGGAAAAGCUCAUUGUGGGGAAGAAGCCGAUUGGAUCCCUGCAUCACGGGCUUGGCUGCGUGCUCUCUCUGCCCCACCGGCGGCUGGUCUGCUACUGCCGGCUCUUCGAGGUUCCAGACCCAAAUAAGCCCCAGAAACUCGGACUGCACCAGCGAGAAAUCUUCCUGUUUAACGACCUCCUGGUGGUCACCAAGAUCUUCCAGAAGAAGAAGAACUCGGUGACGUACAGCUUCCGACAGUCCUUCUCCCUGUAUGGCAUGCAGGUCCUGCUCUUCGAGAACCAGUACUACCCCAAUGGCAUCCGGCUCACGUCCGCUGUCCCCGGAGCAGACAUCAAAGUGUUAAUAAACUUUAACGCUCCCAAUCCUCAAGACAGGAAGAAAUUCACGGAUGACCUGCGGGAGUCCAUCGCAGAGGUGCAGGAGAUGGAGAAGCACAGGAUAGAGUCGGAGCUCGAGAAGCAGAAGGGCGUCGUGCGGCCCAGCAUGUCCCAGUGCUCCAGCCUCAAAAAGGAGUCAGGCAACGGGACGCUGAGCCGGGCCUGCCUGGACGACAGCUACGCCAGCGGCGAGGGCCUCAAGCGCAGCGCCCUCAGCAGCUCCCUGCGGGACCUCUCAGAAGCGGGGAAGCGAGGGCGUCGCAGCAGUGCAGGAUCGCUAGAGAGCAAUGUGGAAGGGUCCAUCAUUAGCAGUCCUCACAUGCGCCGGAGAGCUACAUCAACACGAGAGUGUCCAUCUCGCCCACACCAGACUAUGCCUAAUUCAUCCUCCCUCCUGGGCUCCUUAUUUGGGAGUAAGAGAGGGAAGCCCCCUCCCCAGGCCCACCUGCCGUCAGCCCCUCCCCCACUGCCCCCCCAUCCACUGGGCCUGCCCCACCCGCAGCACUCCGCCGCUGGCCAUCACCAGGGGCCCACAGAGGGCCCGCCACAGGCCCAGGUGCAUGGGCACCAUACCCAGUACUGCCACAUGCAGCAGAACCCACCCCCCUACCACCAUCACCACCACUACCACCCGCCCCCGCACAUCCAGCAUGCACACCAGUACCACCAUGGCCCCCAUGGGGGGCACCCACCCUAUGGGCCCCAUGUGCAUGGCCACCCACCACUGCCCUCAGCCUACACAGGCCACCCAGGCCACGUGGGCCAUGCAGCGCACCACCACGGGCAGCCCCCUGCGCCGCCACCCCCCACCAGCAGCAAGGCCAAACCCAGCGGCAUCAGCACAAUUGUGUAGACAGCCUGGGCGGGGGUCCCAGACUCCCUGGCACAACCGCACACCACACAGAGGCACACCUGGGGUGGCCACCCUCAGACCAG